AUGCGCCGUCACGGCGGGGGGGCGGAGCUUGGCGUGCCGGGCGGCGCUGUUACCAUGGCGACCACAACGCACAACGCCAUGGAGGAGCUGACCGGCAGCCGGUACCGCGGCCGGACCGAGCGCGGCAGGAUGGAGGGAUGGGGCACCUACACGCUGCCCACCGGCACCCAGUACCGCGGCGAGCUGCGGGACGGCACGUUCCACGGGCGGGGCGAGCUGCUGUUCCCCGACGGCGGCACGUUCCGGGCGCUGUGGCGGCGCGGGGUGCAGUGCGAGGGCAAGUUCACUUUCGCGGACGGCCUCGAGUACGCGGCCGAGAGGUGGGAGUACUGCGACGGGUACGACAGGAGGUUCUACAGCGAGAUCUGCUCCGGGCUCAGACCCGCAGGCAAUUCUCAGAUUACAAACCUGGAUCCUCCCCGACAAAUCCCAGACGGAUGUUACGACUGUGGUGAUGGGUUCUAUAACCCUAAAACCAGAAUUGUCAAUGACUACGAGCGGAGGUUCCUGAGAUACGCAGAGCGGCACAGCGUGAGGUCUGACAGCAUUGCUGGAGAUGUGCUUUGUGUGACCAUUCCCCCGCCAGCCCGGGACACAGAGUUAAUCUUGUUGAUGUGAGUGUGAAAAAGGAAUGUGCCGUGUAGGCCAGACCCUUCCUCUUAAGAACACGAAGACAAUUGAAAAACCCAGCACUUGUUCAACAUCAGAGGAACUCUUUCUGCCCCAGGAGAGAUGAUUCAGGGCACAAGGCCACUGCAGUUAAAAAAAAAAUAAUAAAAUAAAAAUUAAAAAAGCCCAGCUGUAAGCAGAAGAAACUGAGGAAGAGGCUGGAAUGACAGGGAACAGAUCCAGAAUUACUCCAUUAUAGGUUGGGCAGGAAGGAGCAGGAAAACCUCCAGGCUUCCAGCCAAGUCUUGAAAGCAUCAAAAGCAGAUGGUAGGAAGCAUUCAGGAAGUUCUUACAACAGCUUGACAGGUUUACCAAAACGACGCUAUCUUCCUCAGGUCUGGCAGCAGGCAGAAAGAAUACUCCGGUUCUCACCUUUCACCCUGGCCCUAUUAUGAAGCAAUUUCUGAUUGUUUCUCGGCCAUUUGGGAAACAGAGCAAGGAAGCAUACUGCCUUGGCACUGACUUUCCUGCCAAACUGGCAGCGUCCAGCUAUCAUUCCAAAAGACUGGAAAAGAAAAAAAAUAGUCUCCAUUUACAAUUACACAGUUUGCUUCCACCACUUCUUUGUCAAGAUGAGUGUUCGUAGAGUACCGCAGAGACUCCUAUUAAAUUUGGCAAGCUUUGCAUUUCACUAGCACGGAGGUCUGAUCCUCAUUUACUUAAAGAGCUCUUAAAGCAGAGCAAAGGCCCAUCAUGAAGAUAUAAUCAGGCCCAGAGAAUGAAAUGACAGCAACAGUUUUGUUAUACUUUUUCUCUAGCAAAGUUUUCCAAAUUCUCAUUGCAGCCUUGCAGUUAUUACUCCAUCCCCAAACCUCUGUUUCCUUGGGGAUGCUCAAAUUUCUCUUCAUUCUUCAUAUGCUCUUCAAUUUUUUUUUCUCUAGUAUUGCGAAGUACACAAAAUUGGACACAUAAAUAAGAAUAAUAACACUGGUCUGUAAGGAGAUACGCUGUUUAUUUUGAAUAGGCACUGGGACUGGACUCCUGUUUCAGUCAGAGUAUUCUUUCCUUUUUGUUUCUCUCAGAAAUUGGUCUCCUGGCACCUUUGUAAGAGAGGUUAGUCAACAGAAGGAUGGGAGGAUUUCCCAAUUUUUCAGGGAAAAGUAGGAAAUAUACGAUGUUAUGUUUAAUGCAAAGCAGGUUGGUAAAAGAAGAUAAAUGAUUCAAGUUUUAGGACCCCUGAAUAUUGGAGAGGCCCAUCAUUUUCAAACAGAAAAUACUGUCAGAAAUAGAAAUCUUGUUCUCCUGAGGAAAGCACAACAGGAGAUUGCCCGGGUCGCCUCUCUUCUGAUGAAAAGCCAAGAUACUUCUGAUGAAAAUUGCCCUGUUUCUCCUGCAGCUCUCCUGAUGCUGGGUUAAAUAGUAUGAAACACACUUUUCCUCUGUGAAAUAUAAGAAAAUUUGUGCUUCUACUUUUGUGUUCCAUUUCCAGGUUAAAUUAGUACGAGUACGGUUUGUAGGGUGGUAGCUUUCUGCACUGCAGUCGGUAUUACCUGAAAUACAUGCCUCUCUUCAUAUGAAAUCAAGAACAGGAAGACACAAAGCCUGCCUUUUAUGCUGUAACUCAGUCAGGUAACUGAACUAACAUGCACGUUACGAAGAGCAGGAUUAGGCCCAGAAAGCCAAGGCAAGUGCCCAUUAAGAGGAGAGGUUUCGGUUCUGCUGCAUUCCCAAGCCAGCCAGCAAUCAGCCUAGGAUUUCAACAAGCCUGAAAGUCUCAUAGAAAGCAGCAGGAAAAGACCUGCUGCUUAAGGAAUCAUUAGAAGCUGAAAAGAUCAAGACUCAAGAAUAUCAUUUUAUUCUAGUUUUAACAAGGCUGGAUUUAGACCAUGCAGUUUUCCUUGGUUUUGAGGCUGGCCCAACUCCACAGGCAUGUUUGAGAACACCUUUUAAUUCUAAGCCUUGGUAAUCAUGGACUUAGAGUUACCUCACAUCAUUAAUGUGGGAUGAAGGUUCUCAAGCUUGGCCUGAAAGGAUUAAAAAGCAGGGGUUUUUGAAAGUCAGCAGAGAUGUAUUCAUCCAUAUCAGGAUGAUCCAAGUACGUAAAUCCCAUGGAUAAAUCCAUGAGAUAAAUGUACUACAUGUAGGCUUCUUUGACUGAAAUCUCUGAUGCAAUUUGCACCAGGUGCUGCCUGAGAAAUGGGGACUUGGACUUGUGUGAAAAAUGUGAAACAGCCAUAACCACUCAGUAAUUACACAGGGUAAUAUUUCUGUACCUACCCUCAUGCAUCCCAAAUACACACAGAUGUGCGCAUGCUCUUUCUCAUAAACUACUGGAGAACUGGGCGUAGGGUGAGGACCUGGCAGUUUUUCAGGCCUGGAGUAUUUCUGGAGAAAAGACGGCAAGUUGAACAUAGAGUUGACUGUGAUAUAGGGGAAAAACUAAAAAAACCCUAAAAAAUAAAAAAAAGACUGCAGUUGGGGAUCAUGCACUGAUCUUUCUUCCCUGUAAUUCUUUGAAAUCACCCAUUCUGAUGACGGAGGGAGCGGAUGAGCACUCUGAUUCCAAGCUAGUCCCCAGUCAUUGCCUAAGAAUGUAGGAGCCGUUCUGGCAGAUGCCCUUAUUGCUGAGGAGAGGAAAGCCCCAGCAACACACAUACACGGGAUACAGUAUUUUUGUUCGAAUGAAUUUAGCUUCCCAUCGAUUUAAAUGUCUACUUACAACACAGGACCAUUUAAUCUUUUGUACAUUUGUUUCUUUUUUAUUUGACUUAAGACACUGAAUUUAGAUGAGGUUUAGUUCCUACAUAUUGAAACUCUUAAAAGCUCUUCAAAUAAUUGUUCUUUGGAUACUUGUUAAGCUAAAGAAAUCAGUUUUGAUCGGCAGUAAAAGUUCAUGCUAUUUUAAGUGCAAUGCUAUAGCUAUUUUCUGUUGUAUAUUUAAUCAUUUUGAAUUAUAUGUCAUGUAAAAGAUUUUAGCUCUGGGGCAUUUGCCAGAUGGCUGAUUCUGCAUUUCACACAACAAAAGAAAUAAUGUUUGUGUAAAGCUCUUAAAAAUAGUUGGUAAUCAGUAUAUUCUACAACGAAUAGGAUCCAGACCUGUUUGAAAAAAAAAAAAAAAAAAA